AUGCAACUAAAACUCGUUCAGAAAUAUUCCGAUGUCGCAGAAAAAGGAACAGAAGUUGCUGCAAGAGUUCCCAAUGCAGAAAAUCAGAGAAGAAGGCUUCAUCGAGUGGUCAACCGGAUUCUACAACAAAAAAUUGCCGCCAAGCGAGAAUUGAUAGGCAAAAAUGAAGAGAACGAGCAAAAACGUAGAAAAAACGAGAAGAAUUCUCAGCUGUCCAUUCCAGCUGAAGAUUCAGAAGAAUCAGAUGAUGAGUACGAAAUGAUCUCGACCCUUUGCGAACCAGUAACGAGAAAAGAAAGAGGAAAUUAUGCGAUUGUUAAGCUGACGAAAAACACCUUUCUACGCGUUGAAGACAAAGAAGACAACUAA